AUGGCUUCGUACGCAUCGGAGUCCAGUGAGGGAAAAGGGGGGAGACCAGUGUUGCACCAUGAUAUGAGCGUGCAACAUUUUUUAAACUCAUAUGAUUACUUUAAUCCGUAUGAGCUUAGUCCCAAGAAACUAAGUAAUGUUGUUCUUGCUUAUGUAACUCCGUGGAACUCCAAUGGCUUCGAAAAGACAAAGAUUUUUGCUCAGAAAUUUUCAAUUGUUUCUCCUGUCUGGUUUCAACUUAAGCCAGAGGGACUUAAAAUCGAGGGUCGCCAUCACGUUGACCACAAGUGGAUAGAAGCAAUUAAAGCAGUCAACGCAGAUAUUAAAGUUGCCCCCCGAGUAAUUUUCGAUAAUUGGGGCGCUGGCGAUUAUCAAGGCGUUUUUUCAAACAACCAAAAGCGGUUGGACUGCAUCAAGACACUCCGUGGCCUUUUGAAGGAAUACAACUUUGACGGGAUUACCUUGGAAGUUUGGAUGCAACACUUCGGGACGUCUCAACAGUCGUUGAUUGAUUUCCUGAUCGAACUUGCCAAGGGCAUCCACAAGGAUGGGAAGCUUUUAAUUCUUCCAAUCCCGCCGGCCGUUUACAAGGGGAACUUCGAGGGAAGAUUUAAUCGAGUUCACUUUGACCUGCUAGAGCCUCAUGUGGAUUAUUUCAGUCUGAUGUCGUAUGACUACUCAAAUCCCUAUGAGCCUGGUGAAAAUUCACCUGUCGAGUGGAUAAUUCGUUGCAUUAAGAGCUUGGCUCCGGAAGGCGCUGAUUUGAAAAGGCUGGCGACAAAACGAGCCAAAAUUCUCGUUGGUCUGAAUUUCUAUGGUUAUGAUUAUGUGCCCAGCAAGAAACACGGUCAAGCCGUUCUGCGGAAUGAGUGGGUGCUCGUUCAUCGAUUUCCUAACCUCACUGCUUUAGUGUCUUGGGCUGAUAUCUCCACCUCGACAGUCGUUAGUCCAACCAAUCCAGCACAACUGGCGAGUAUUUUUGCCUUCUUUUUCACCAGGGAUAACGAGGGGCAGAGACACUCAAUGUACUUUCCCACCGCGUAUUCAAUCGCGAAGCGAGUCGCCAUCGCGGAGGAACUUGGCACUGGCCUCUCCAUCUGGGAACUCGGUCAGGGUUUUGACAGCUUCCUCGAGCAAAUCUAA